UCCCGCCGCCUGUCUCCGUUUCGCCUCCCCUCCCGGCCCUGCUGCAUUGUGGUUCGGCCGGACCGGCGGCGGCGGAGAGAGCGGAGCCGAGCCAAGCGAAGAUGGCUGAGCUGAAGCAGCCGCCGAAGCACGACGGGCGGGUGAAGAUCGGCCACUACGUGCUGGGGGACACGCUGGGGGUCGGCACCUUCGGCAAAGUCAAGAUUGGAGAACACCAGCUUACUGGGCAUAAAGUAGCAGUGAAAAUUUUAAACAGGCAAAAAAUUCGUAGUUUGGAUGUUGUUGGAAAGAUCAAACGAGAAAUCCAAAAUUUAAAACUUUUCAGGCAUCCCCAUAUUAUCAAACUGUAUCAGGUGAUCAGCACCCCUACUGAUUUUUUCAUGGUGAUGGAAUAUGUGUCUGGUGGAGAAUUGUUUGAUUAUAUCUGUAAACAUGGACAUGUAGAAGAAGCUGAAGCCAGGCGCCUCUUCCAGCAAAUUCUGUCAGCUGUGGAUUACUGCCAUAGGCAUAUGGUGGUUCAUAGAGAUCUGAAACCAGAGAAUGUGCUGCUGGAUGCACACAUGAAUGCCAAGAUAGCUGAUUUUGGACUGUCCAAUAUGAUGUCAGAUGGUGAAUUCCUGAGAACCAGCUGUGGCUCACCCAACUAUGCAGCACCAGAAGUAAUCUCUGGAAGAUUGUAUGCUGGCCCAGAAGUUGAUAUCUGGAGCUGUGGUGUUAUUCUUUAUGCUCUCCUCUGUGGGACUCUUCCUUUUGAUGAUGAUCAUGUUCCAACCCUGUUUAAAAAAAUCCGGGGAGGCGUCUUCUACAUUCCUGAAUACCUCAACCGUUCAAUAGCAACCCUGCUGAUGCAUAUGCUGCAGGUUGAUCCACUCAAACGAGCCACCAUCAAAGACAUACGAGAACACGAAUGGUUCAAGCAAGAUCUGCCCAGUUAUUUGUUCCCAGAAGAUCCAUCGUAUGACGCCAAUGUCAUGGAUGAUGAUGCUGUGAGGGAAGUGUGUGAGAAAUUUGAAUGCACCGAGUCAGAAGUGAUGGCCAGCUUGUACAGUGGAGAUCCUCAAGACCAGCUUGCGGUUGCUUAUCACCUGAUCAUUGACAACCGGAGAAUCAUGAAUCAGGCCAGUGAGUUCUACCUCGCCUCCAGCCCACCCAGUGGUUCUUUUAUGGAUGACUCUAUGCAUAUCCCCCCAGGGGUGAAACCUCAUCCGGAAAGGAUGCCGCCUCUCAUUGCGGAUAGUCCCAAAGCAAAAAGCUCUUUGGAUGCUUUAAACACCACUAAGCCAAAACCAUCGACUGUGAAAAAAGCCAAGUGGCAUUUAGGAAUACGAAGUCAAAGCAAGCCUUACGAUAUCAUGGCUGAAGUUUACCGGGCCAUGAAACAUCUGGAUUUUGAGUGGAAGGUGGUGAAUGCCUAUCACCUUCGAGUGCGUAGAAAGAAUCCAGUUACAGGAAAUUAUGUGAAAAUGAGUUUGCAGCUGUACCAGGUGGACAAUCGCAGCUAUCUGUUGGACUUUAAAAGCAUCGAUGAUGAUGUCGUGGAACAAAGAUCGGGUUCUUCUACACCUCAACGCUCAAGCUCAGCAGCUCGUUUGCACAGACCAAGACUAAGUCUUGACUCCUCCACUGGUGAUUGCCAGUCACUUCCCGGGUCUCCUACUGGCUCUUUGACUGGGAGCAUGUCCUCUGUGACACCACGCCUUGGGAGCCAUACACUGGAUUUCUUUGAAAUGUGUGCCAGUCUCAUUAUGGCUCUGGCUGGCUGACAGGUAUAAUUCAGAGGCUUGAUUUCAGUGGGUGAGCAUAGGCCUUGGUAAACCCUGUCCUCAAGGCUGAGUCAGGAGGGCAUGGCCUGUGGCAAAGAAAGCCUCAUUUUGAACUUACAAAUAUCAGAUUCUGUACCCAGAAAUUACUUUAUAUACGGUAUUUAGGAGAGAAGACGAAGGUGUUCAUUUUAGGUAAGUCUAUCUGCAGAUUUUGCUGUAUUUUUGCCAUUGAAUUUGGGAUUGUUGGUGUUAUUUCAUAGGUAUGGUAGAAAUGAUGACCAGUGGAGUUAGUGCUUAACAGAGGUGAAGACUGAAGACUUCAGCCAACAGCUGGUAGCUGUUGGACUCUACUAGCUGCCACUCAAAAUCAGAUGCUGCACUGCUGUCAAAAAUCUGAAAAACUCUACAAUUGAAGAAUCCAUCACAUUCAUGCCACGUUGAAUGAACAGUGCAAUAAUAUUCCUGAAAACUUGACCAUCAAAAGGCUUUUUUUUUAAAAAAAAAUAAAACUUACUUUAGAAAACAAAAGCAAUAGAAUCCUAGAUAGAAUUAAUUUAGAUUUAUGCUCAUGGAAGAAAAGGUUGUCUCUGCUGUUCUUCCACGUAUUAUAACAUGCAAAAAUCACCCUUAGGGUAGGACUGUAGUUCAGAGAGAAGUGCAAUUUUGAAUUUUUUUAAUAUCAGAUUUUAAAUAAUUAUAAUUUAGACCUAGAUAUUUAAGUUUGGAAAUAUAUUAUGAUUUUGGCCAAGCUUCAUAUAUAUAUAUUUUCUUCUAUAGAAAUGCUUUCGGAAUGCAUGGAAGUCAAUAUGCUUUUAUAUCCUACUCAUGGAUUCAUCUGAAAUAAUUAUUGCAGUCUACCUCCUAAGUAGUGUAGAACAGGAUUCAAGACUUGCUGACUCGAGAGCAGAGAUCUAGAAGUAAGCACCUGGAGCAUCAGAGGUCUCCAAAUCUGAGAUUAGAUUAUUCAUUAUAAAGCGAUUCUUGUGACAUUGUGGUAAAAUUAAAUAAAGCAACUGCAUUUAUUAGAGGUAGCAAGUGACAAAUAAUGCAGAGACAUCUCUUACUUCAGUUCUUAAUAAGUAACCUCUUCCUGAUCUCAACACAUUUUUAUUAAAUUUUUGUUGAUGCUGGAUUGUACAUCAUACCUGUUUUUCACCCCAGUAGAAAAAUGUCCUCAGAGAUGAAUCAAACUAAAUGAUUCAAUAUGUGAAAUCCCCCAAACCUAGAUGUUGAAAACCAUUCAAAUUCAGAAAUCACUUCAAUACAAUUCUUUUGAGUGGUGGAUGGUAGUCAGGGUUACCAGUUCUUUUUGCAAGCUAUCCAGCAGCAACAUUUCCCCAGUUUUAAUUAAAGUUUUUUUUUUUAUUAAGGAGUUUCCGUUUUCAUUGAAGGAAUUCUUUUCACUGCAGCCUUUCAUAACCACUUUGCCCUUUCUGCUGUUCAUCAUCCAGCGUUUGUUAGAUUCAGACCACCUACUAUAUCUCAUAAACAAAAUUUGCACUCUGCUUUUUAUCUCAUUAUUAGUUCUCCCAUCAAUCAUUUCAGGCCGCGUUUUUGCAUCGAAUAUAUCAAAAUGCUGGGUUUGCAUAUUUAAAUUAGCAAUAUUUAUUAAUCUCAUGGCAGCAACAGAUCAAAACGUCUAUAGCUACAAUAUAAAAUUCAGAAUUGUGGGGAAAGGAAGAAAAAAAAAUGUUUUCCUUCAGGGGUGAGUUCCUUUAGUAAUGUUCUCUUUCAGAAAAAAGGCUAAUAAACUGAUAAAGCAAGGUAAUUACAGGCUAGCCAUGCUUUUCAGACAAGAGGGUAGCAGAGAACAUUAGCCGCAGUCAAGAAAAGGCUCAAGUGAAAAAAAGAACAGGGCACUUAAGACAAGUUUUUCUUGCUUCAAAAGCUAAUUAGUAUUUAAAUGCCUCUGUAGCUUUAGUUGUCUGUAACAAUAUUCGCUAGGUGCUCAUUUUAGGCAGGUUUUGAGAAGAAAAGUUUACUUACACACACAGCAUAUUUCGUUCACUUGUAGGGUAAUCCUGUAUGUUAGCAGCCCCCAAACUUUUGGGCACCAGGGACCGGUUCUGUGGAGAGAGGAUUUUUCAUGGACCAGAGGGGGCGUGGAUUUACAUGCUGCCGCGGAAGGGGCGUUGCUUCUUUGCGCGAACUGGUUGCUGGAAUGCCGCAGACGGAUGCUGGUCCCUGGACAGUGGGUUGAGGAACCCCUGCUGUACGUGUCUGUUCAGAAAAUAAAUCUCACUGUCUUUGGAUAGACUUAGGUUUAAAUAAGAACAUAGAGCAUUGCUAUCCAAAAUAUUUAAUCUAUCCUUCUUAAAAAAAGAUGGGGGAGUCUUUUUGUUUUAGUUUUAAACAUUGAUCCAAAGGGAGCAUUUUUGGCACUGCUGCAGAAGCCAGUUGUGGAAGUGGAUGCAUUUGAGAUUUUUCACAGACAAGGAUGUUUCCCAAUUCACCCUUUGUUCAAAUCAUCAAUCUCUUUCAAUUACUAAUGCCCAUUUUUGUUGUUUUUUAAUCUUCAUUUCUGAUUUGCCACUUCCAGAUCAUUAGGGACAUUCUAACACAGGACAAAAAAAAAAAUGAUAUGCAUCUCAAUGUUUGUGUUGGCUCUAGCAUCCCUUCAUCCCCAGAAUUUGAGAAUAAUUUAUGGAGCCAAAAGUUGUGCAACGGAGAUGCAUUAGAACCAAUUUGAUAUUGCCAGUAAAUGACACUGCAGUGAAUAUUUUUUCAGCGAGUCUUUGUGCAUAAUCAAAAGUCAGCCCAGAGUUGUCUUGGGUGAUGACAUGCUCCAUCAUGAAUGCAUAACAUUGGUCUUGAUGUGUUUUUUUUACAAUGAUAAACAGAAAACGUGACAUUUUGACCUGUGUCAUUUUUAUUAAUCACAAAAAAUCACAAAAACCUCCAUCUUUUUAAAGUCCACAAGUACAGCAGUUUAAAGUUAUGGCAUUAUCUAAAUUGGCUAGAAUAUCUGUCAUAAGGGAAUCACAUGUAACUGUUGUGUUGAAAUUGUCCGCAGUACAUUUUUAAAAGUAACAUAUUAAUGGGCAUUAAUCACUAAUUACUUUGAAACAUAACGAGUUUGUUGAAUUCUAGAUUUCAGAUAUGCUUUUUUGUGAGUAAAGCUUUGUCAUUUUCCCCUUCAGUAGGAAAACAUUUUUGCCUUUUUAGUACUGACAGCAUCCUUUUAAAAUACUAUUUCAUGAGAACUGGAAUAUGAAUUUGACAGUGUGUUCCAGACCUCAGGGCUUUUGUGUACUUCUAAAGCUUAACUGCCUGUGACUUUGCUGAGGUACAGAUAAAGCAGGAAUGACUUAUGUUUAGUGUUCAUUUUCUUUAGGCUAUCUCAAGGCAUCAUGUUUACUAAAUGUGUAGUAACAAAGCACUUUAUUACUGGAAAUGGUAGUAUUCUUUGAACAUGAGGGUGAAACUUUGUAGAUGCUGUAGUAGUUCAUUAUUUCAGUUUUUAUUUAUGCUUCGUUCUCAUAAUAGCUACGCUUUAAUUUUACAAUAGCUAUUGGUAAUAUUUAUUAAUACUAGAUAUUAAUAAUACUUGAUAUUAAUAAAUUGAUAAAUUGAGGUUGAAUUAAAAAUAACAGGCUGAAAUCUAGUAGGUAUAAACUAUGAUGGAGUCAAAACAUUAUUUUAGGCAAAAUGGGAAAAUAAUUUUAGCCAAAUAACUUUGCAUGAAGCCUUUCCAAAUAAUUCAAAAAUUGAACUUUUCUCAUUUUUUGAUAUGGCCUCAACAGUCAUUUAUCUGUUAAAAUGACUGUUGAGAUGCCCAUGUUUUUUUUUACCUGUUGGAGGAUAUUGAUUUUACAGGAUUUCCUUCAUAUAAUGAAUUUUGAUACAAUUAAAGGAAUAGCAAGUAUAGUCACUGUUUUGCUGAACAUGGAUGUAGGUACAAAUUGUCCUUGACUUAUGACCACAAUUGACUCCAAAAUUUCUGUUGCUAAGCAAGACAGUUGUUAAGUGAAUUUUGGCCCAUUUUACGACCGUUCUUGCUACAGUUGUUAAAUGAAUUACUGAAGUUGUUAAGAUAGUAACAAGAUUGUUAAGUGAAUCUGGUUUCUCCAUUGACUUUGCUUGUCAGGAGGUUGCAAAAAGUGAUCCCAUGACCCCAGGACAUUGCAACCGUCAAAAAUAUGAGUCAGUUGCCAAGUGUCUAAAAUUUGAUCAUGUGACCAUGGGGAUGUUGCAAUGAUCAUAAGUAUGAAAAAUGGUCAUAAGUCACUUUUUUCAGUGCUCUUGUAACUUGUAGGACAAGGACUACCUGUAACAUGAAAGGCUGUGUAAAUGGGCCUCUAAGUAUGAAGAUAUAUGGAUUUAGAAUUUCAGGAAUGCUGUCUGAUUAUGCUUUUUGCUCUUACAUAAAUAUAUGUAUCAGUAGUGGGUUUCAAUUUCGGUCGCUACCAGUUUGCUUGUGGGCGCGCAGAUGCUGAUGCGCGCACAUGACGCUUUUGUGCAUGCGCAGAAGCUUUUGUGCAUGUGCAGAGACGCCCGUGCGGGUAGGCGGAGCCUCCUGCCACCGCCGCUACCGAUUCACCCGAUCCAGGGUGAACCGGUAGCAACCCACCACUGAUAUGUAUGCAGCCUCUCCUAUCAUCAACACUUAAUGCAGGGACAAAGAAACCCAUACCUAGGAUUACCUAGCUGGACUGAAAAUCUCUCUGACAUGGCAGCAAAUGGCAUUUUCUUGUGUCUGUUUGCAGUACAUAUAUGCAGUACAUAUAUGGUAACCAUAGUGCCCCCAAGCUUUCCUUUUAAUCACAAGUCAUAUUUCAGUCUGGCAUUCUUCAGUUGUGUGGAGACAGAAACUCCCAGAAUUCUCAACCAGCAAGGUCAAAGGCCAGGUUAGUUGGAAAUUGCUGUCUCAAGACAUUUACAGCUAGGUAGGUCUACAGUAAAGGUGGGGCAUUAUGGCCCCUUUAUGACUUGUAGACUUCAACUCCCAGAAUUCCUGGGUCAGCCUGGCAGUUGAAGUCCACAAGGGGGCCAUAGUUCCCCACCGCUGGUCUACCGUAUGCCUAAUACUUGAAUUACUUUCAUUUUUCCUCAAAAUUUUGGAAGUCUAGAAAGGCAGAGGUACACUCCAUAAGGAGUAAAAACAUACUCUCUGCGCUCCCAAUGAAGGUUGAAGGUGGAGAUGCAAAGAAGCUGGGAAAGAGAAGCUCUAUUAAUAAAACGGAUGGUUAUUAUCCCUAUCGAUUUAAGCUGAAUGUAAAUUUUUCCUGCCCUGCUAAAAAAUGUUUCAUCCAUCUGGAUGGAAGCAGAUGUUUUCAGAAAAGGUGCAAUUGCUUAAUGUCCACGUUAUUAUUUUACAUUCAUGUUGCACUUUACGUCUUUUUUUGAUUACCAGUAAGACUCAUUCAAUAAGUAUCAGUUAGGAAUAUCGCAUGUGUGAAAGAUAAAUUUAACAAAACAUCAUUGAUUGCAACACAAUUACACUCUUUCGGCCAACUGAAAUUUAUCUUUGUUUGCUCGUGUAAAGACCCUCCUGACUAUUGCAUUUUCAUUGUGGAGUCGGGAUUUGGAAUUUGGAUGUACACAAAUGUCAGGCGUCUACUAAAUUGUCAAAAGGAUGGCUAGAAUUAAGAUGAAUUACCCUUUUGCCUUCUGAAAGGGCAAUGCUUGAGCUAUAGAGCUAAUGUGGUAUUCAGUAUAGAUUCAGGUGGCUGUUACCGAUCUAUUUAAGUGAGGAUUGAUAGUGAUGUUGUUUUCCCCCAACAAACAGGAUAAAUGCAUUUCUACACUGUUGAAGUGAAAAGUGCAAUUUUCAACCACUGGUUUAUUGGCAUGUUCCAGUUAGAAAAUCACUAAUUCUUCCCCCUCCCCCCCCCGCCCAGCAUCCCUUUGAAUCAAUACAGAAUGUGUAAAGACGAUGAGAGUGGUGGCUCAUAUAACAAGUUUCCAUUCACAGAUAAUAGUGGUGUAAUCCUUUAGGUUUCGGAUUUCAAACAAGGCUACUUAAAUUGAAUUUUAAGUAGGGUUAAUUUCCUUGCAAGAAAAUUUUUCCAAUGGCGGCUGCAUUAUCUUAAUUUCUUCAAUAGUAGCAUUGCUGUUGUUGUUUUUGAAUAUGAGUUAAAUAUAGACAAUUGUGCCUUUUUGCACCAGCAGCUGAAAAUGACAGAAUGUGUACCACGUUUGCUCAUUUUGCAGAAAAGUCUAUCACCUUCAUUACCAUAGGUACAGGUUAUUUAAAAUACUUGAAGUGUACUGCCUAUUACCACUUUGCCUAAUUGAUGACAUUUGCCUGUGACAACACUUGUUACUGUAAUCAUGCUGUGCAACCAAAGUGUUAUUCGUGAUGAGUUCUAGCUUAAUAGUAGUUAAUGUAUGUUUUAGUAGGCAGGACUUAUGAAUCUCUACAGGCUUCAAUUUAUAAGUUUGUUUAGUGAGUGACUGAUCAAAAUUACAACGGCACUGGAAAAAGUGACUUGUGACCAUUUUCAUACUUAUGACUGUUACAGCAUCUCCAGGGUCAUGUGAUUUACAUUUGGAUGCUUGAUAACUGGUUCACAUUUAUAACGGUCGUAGUGUCCCGAGGUCACUUGAUCCCUUUUUGCAACCUUCUGACAAACAAAGUCAAUGGGGAAGCCAGAUGCACUUAACAAUCCUGUUACUAAGUUAACAACCGCAAUGAUUCACUUAACAAAUGCAGCAAGAAAGCUUGUAAAACUCACUUAACAAAUUUCUCACUUAGCAACAUACAUUUGGGGCUCAAUUGUGGUCGUAAGUCAAGAACUACCUCGACUACCUUACUGACUGUGCUACCAGUCAGUUUAGAAACCACACUGUAACGAAGAAUGAGCUUGAUCAUCGGAGUAUUCAGAUCUUCAGAGAGGUGUUUUACUUGAUCUUCACUCCACUUUUGAUCUCUUGACUAGCUGCACUGCUUCUCUUGAUACGGUCUUCUGUAAGGAGCCCGUUUUUGAAAAGUGGCCAUCAAAGCAUAAACAUUCAUAUGUUUGACAUAAAGCACUGCAUCAAGGAAGCCCAUGGCUAAUUCACCAGUCUUUCUAUGUAGACCUAAAACAUUAAUAUGUUUGGCUAAAAUGUUAAUACGUUUUUUCUCCUCGCCUCUUUCACUCCUAUCCAGAAUUUAUCUUAAGUAAUAGUGUUAAUGCCACUUCCUCAGUACUUUCAAACGGCAAUGCACAUCCAAGUGGGCUAUUUUAAAAUUUCUGUUGUUAAGUGAAACAUUUGUUAAGUGAAUUUUGUCCCCUUUCUUGCCACAGUUAUCAGUGAAUAAGUGAAUCAGUGAAUCAGUGCAGUUAUUAAAUUAGUAGCAUGGUAGUUAAGAGAAUCUGGCUUUCCCAUUGACUUUGCUUGUUAGAAGGUCGCGAAAAGUGAUUGCAUAACCCAAGGACCUCUCAACCGUCCUAAACAUGAAUCAGUUGCCAAGCCUCUGAAUUUUGAUCACGUGAUCAUGGGGAUGCUGCAAUGGUUGUAAGGUGUGAAAAAUGGUCAUAAGCUACUUUUUUCAGUGCUGUUGUAAUCUUGAAUGGUCAGUAAAUGAACUGUUGUAAGUCAAGGACUACCUAUACUUGACAAAGAAACCUAUUCCUAUGAAAGGAAAUCAUUAAUUAGUUUUUCCCCCAAAAGUAGCUUGUCUCACAAAAGCUGCUUUUGAGAAAGGAAGAAAGAAACCUUCCACUAACCUUUUCCUUAUAUGUAUCCAAAUGACUUUUGAUCAUCAAAUCCCUGGAUCUUUAGUUUGUUCAUAAACUCUGCCAUCACUGCAAACAUUAUUCUGCUCAUGAAAACUAGAGGAAGUUGGAAAGUGAACCUUGAAAUGAAUGGUAAAUGGAAAUGCUGCUUUUGGUAUCUAUAAUUGUAUUUGUUGACAGAUUUAAUAAAAAGUUAGUUACCAAUUUAAGCAUUUUAAUAUUGCCUGUUAAGUUCUCCCUAAAUGCUUUGAAACUACUACUGAAACUGCCUUAAGUAAUCUAAAAUAAUGUGACAUAAUGUUUAUUGGAAAAGUUGACAUGUCUGUCUAUGCAUUUUCCUAAGUAAUUAUUGUAAAACUCAUAAAACUUUUGAAUGGUUACCAGUCUUCAGGUAUUAUUUCAUCCCUAAUUUGAAGUGAAAUCACAUUUUUUUUCACAUAUUAAGGUACACUGCUAUGUAUGUAUAUCUAGCACUAUUUUUUUCUUCAGUGUGAACUAUUUUUUUCUUCAAUGUACAAAAUACAAGCUAUAGACUAUAUAUUUGUAUCCUGGAACUACUGUAUUUUUGGAAAAUAGCACUGUUAAAACAAACUCAGAGAGGAGUUUGGGGGAGGAAAGGGGCCGUUUCUCCUUAAAAGGUAAGUAAGGGGGAAAUAAAAUGACUGGUAUUAAGUAGAAAUUAGCAGAAGUGGCUUUUAAGAACAACAACUGGUAAAAUUAAGAAAACAAAGUGUUGUGUCUCAGAUAUUGCUUGCAAUAAGAAAAAUCAUUGGAUUUGCAUAACCAGGCACAGCAAAAUUUGUCAAUAUCCCCAUGAUGUUUUCAUGUUUCACUGAUGCUUUCAUGUUUUACUGUUAUUUAUAGAGGAGGUAGUCCAGAUCGUUUUGAACCGAUCUUUGUUCAGCUGAUUUAAGUUAGAAGAAGGCAGCCCAAGCACACUAUUUUUUUCAGGUUUAUAAUUAAAAAGAAUAAUUGAAGUUUCAUGUACCUAUUUUUAUGGUGAAAAAAUGUUUAUUGUAUCUCAUUGCAUGUGAUGAUUACUUCAUGCUUGACAUUUGCACUUCAAUAAACAGAUUAUAAAAGUAAA